AUGGAAAUGGAGUCAUGCGUCCCGCCAGGUUUUAGGUUUCAUCCGACAGAAGAAGAACUUGUGGGAUACUACCUCAAGAGGAAGAUUAACUCCGUAAAAAUUGAUCUGGAUGUUAUUAUUGACAUUGAUCUCUAUAGAAUAGAGCCAUGGGAAAUUCAAGAGAAAUGCAAACUAGGUUAUGACGAACAAAAUGAGUGGUACUUCUUCAGCCACAAAGACAAGAAGUACCCAACAGGAACGCGGACAAACAGAGCCACCACGGCUGGAUUCUGGAAGGCGACCGGGAGAGACAAGGCUGUGCUUUCCAAGAAUAGGAUAAUAGGGAUGAGAAAGACUCUUGUGUUCUACAGGGGACGUGCUCCAAAUGGAAGGAAAAGUGACUGGAUCAUGCACGAGUAUAGACUCCAAACAUCCGAGCAUGCACCACCUCAGGAAGAAGGAUGGGUGGUUUGUCGAGCAUUCAAGAAGCCCAGCCCAAACCACAGGCAAGGCUUUGAAGCUUGGAACCAGUCAUACCAUGUGAGGGAAAACGGUGGCAGCAGGGUUGGGCCGUUAUUGGGCUCAGAUAUGGUAAGCCCAAUGCAUGCGGCCCAUUCCUAUCAAAGCCCAGUGCUCUCUCAUCAUCCUCACCAGAUCACCACUGUGGAAAACCCACUGGUGGAGCUGCCAAAGCUGGAGAGCCCCACCACCGUCUCCGCAGCUCUGGCCACGGCCAACGACGGGAGUAUGGAGGCCAAGGCAGAUUUUGAUGAUGAAGGCAGCAAUAUUGUUAGUGAUGUUAACGUUAACUAUGGCAGCCAAUACAUUGACUGGACGAAGCUGGACGAUCUGCUGGCGUCCCAAGUUCCCAUGGAGCCAAACCCAUUUCCCCAUUUUUCCAGUGAUGAGUAUGGUCAUGAUCAAAACCAUGCAGGCCAAGUUUUUGGAUACUUUCCCGACUUUUAA